CCCAAAGGUCGGGAAGAAGCGUGCGCACUCUUCUACCGACAGGGGCACCGAGGCCGUCGUAUCUCCUAAGGAAUAGCGGGUUAAAAAACAAUUACAACAUGAACGAUGACCUUGCAGAAUUUACCUCGAUUGMAGGUGGGGGCUACGACCGUCCCGUCGUUCAGUGGUACCCGGGACACAUAGCAAAGGCCGAGCGCCARCUCUCCGAAACGCUCAAGGCGGUAGACGUUGUUGUCGAGGUACGAGAUGCCCGAGCUUGCAAGGCCACGGCCCACCCGCGGGUAGGAGAAUGGUGCGCCGGAAGGCCCCGCAUUGUUGUGCUGACACAUCUCGAUAUGGUUCCSAAAGCGGCAUCGGGUAGCUGGAAAAAGGCAUACGAAACGCUCGGAGCCGAACGAUGGGACGACGCACCAAUCAAUCGACAAGUAGCAAACCAAGCGAAACAAGCGAGAGACCUUCGCUCSAAGUUUCUGGACAACGACGCUGGCAAAGGUACAGGGAAGAAGAAGAAGAAAAAGCAGAAAUYGUCCAAUGAAAACAUAAUCGAAACGAAGAACGAUGGGAACGAAAACAACAUAACUCCCGUAGAACAGGUGUUAUUCGUCAACGCCAAGCAAGGACAAGGGAUCCAUGCGUUGCAUAGAUCCAUCUUUAAAGCCGGUGCGCAUGUUCAGGAAAGACGAGAACGCAGAGGACUCAAUCCACGUGCAUUACGSGUUGGGAUUAUCGGAUAUCCGAAUGUUGGCAAGGUGAGAACCAGUACUACUUCCAUUACUAGAAUUAUCAGGASCCGCCGUCUKUCUUUGCCUUUUUUGAUUCACAACCGAACAAAGACUUGAACUUUACUGCUUUGCUGAAUCAAUACAGCACUAUCUGUAUCUUAUCUUUUACUUCUUUAUUGCUUGCUUAAUUUUGAAUAAAAAUCGAAUAACGUAUUGGAAAUUUGUACCAAAAUGAUUCGUCACGCAACCAUAAUCUUAUAUUUGAAGUCGGCACUCAUCAAUAAGAUUCUGGGUCGGAAAAGGGCGAAAACAGAAAACAAACCCGGGGUGACACGGUCAUUGCAAUGGAUUCGGGUUCGUACGGAGGACUCAAGGAAGGCAUAUGCAAGCGGAAAAACAUCGGCCUCGCCUACUUCUUCGACGCACUCUAACGCAAUGAAAAGAGAGUUUGAACUAUUGGACUCCCCCGGUAUUAUCCCAGCCAAAAUGGUCGAUCAAUCGGAUGCUCUCAUCCUGGCGGCCUGCAAUUGCAUCGGAGAGGCGGCAUAUGACAACCAAGCGGUUGCAGCAUACCUUUGUGAGUGGUUGAAAGCCAUUCACAUCAUGGGCAUGCAAGGCAGGGCCGCUCCCGAUUGGCAAAAAAAGUGCAAGGAACGGUAUGGAUUUGAUCCAUUAAAGAAGGUGAAGCGAGAUGAAUUCGACGUCAUCCAGGAAGAGUAUAUGACGGGAGAAGAUAUGUUAUUUAAGGUUGCCGAUGAUCUUUGCCGCGGCGAUGCCGAAGACGCGUCCAGGAAGAUUUUGCAGGACUUCCGCACGGGUCGAAUGGGACCCAUUUCGUUGCARCUUGCCCCCGAAAGCGAAGAGGACGACGGACAACUUUCUGUCCCAGUAGGCGAUGGCACAAUCCUGGGAAGGCAAUCAAAUGGCAGGGAUUUCGAUGAGGAAUUUGAGAAGCAGCAACAAGAAGAACGAGCUCGAAUCGCUGUUGAAACAGCGAAGGAACGAGGAUUGGAGUUGCCACCGAUUGUCGACGAAAAUGAUAAUGCGGCUGCAAAUGUAGGAAAGGGGAUGUUUGAUGGUUGGUAAAAUYGAAUAACGCGUCACCAAUUUC